AUGGCAGCCACUCUGGAUCUGUCCGGUAAGGGCAUGCUAUGCGUUAUGUCUCGAAUCUCACGGAACGAUAUGCUAGACGAGGUAACCUUCCUCAAAUGGUACGACGAUGAGCAUAUUCCCGAAAUCAUACGGACCAGUGGAGUGUCCUCGGCCAGACGCUUCGUGGAUGUGAACCCCUCUGCGGACAAACCAUAUCUCGCCAUGCAUGCCAUGGACGACAUUGCCUUUGUGAAGAGCGACGAGUUCCGUGGGAUUCAGUUCAAGAGUGAUUCGCUGCCUGGAUCGGGAAUCAUCUAUGACUUGGCCGAUCUUGAUGUGAGAAAUGAUCGACUGGUCCAAGUCUACGACCCCACAAGCAAGGGGAAGGGCCACACAAGGAGCUUGGUCCUGAAUCAAGUUGAGCUCGGGGAUGAUAUCAGUGAUCAGGAAUUUGACAAAUGGUUCCGCGAGGAGCACCUCCCGUCCCUAGCAGGCUCCAGGGGGUUUCUGCGCACGACUCGGUUCAAGCUCGUGUUUGCGAGAUCGAACGCAGAGUCACGCGUGCUCAAGGGACUCGCUCCUCCAACCGAUGAACCACCGCCUACAGCAGCCACCUGGUUGGCCUUGCAUGAGUUUGAGUGCGGCGCAGCUGACGUUGAUCUUGAAGAAAUGAAGACGGCCACGUCAAGCCCAUUGGGUGAGAAGAUCAAAAAGGAGGCCCUGAUCAAUGAUUACAAGGUCUAUAGACUUGAGAAAGCGUAUGGUAAAGAAAACUGGUUUCAUGGAAUCAAUUUGUGA